AUGAUUGUUGACGCCCUUAUUCUCGGCGCCGGCCCGGCCGGCCUCGCAGCAGCCAGCGCCCUAGGCCGCGCUCGCCGACAUGUCCUGAUUAUCGCUGGUCCCGACUAUCGAAACCGGGCGAGCCCUGCAAUGCAUGGCGUUCUAGCUUGCGAAGGGAUGAAUCCCAUCGAGUUCCUCACUCGGAGUCAGCAUCAGAUCACAGCUCUAUACCCGACCGUUCGCCUAGAGUCUGACACUGUUGUCCAGCGUGCCGCGCAGAUCGGUACCCAAGAGAAACCAGUCUUUGAGGUUCAGACAGCUACAGGCGCGGUUUACCAAGGCAGGCGUCUUAUCCUCGCGACCGGCGCUAUCGAUGAACUCCCAAAUGAGAUUGCCGGCUUUGCGACCUGUUGGCCUGACCAUAUCUACCAAUGCCUACUCUGCGAUGGCUUUGAGCGAGCCGAGGGUCCAUUUGGUGUUGGGGUCCUUGCUAAGCCUCUAUCGGCGCACUAUGUGCAUCUCGCCUUACGGGCGCGAUGCUUUAAUGACCGCGUGGUUGUCUAUACCGACAGUCUCUACACCAAAGAGCAGCAAGACGAGGCCGCGAAGCUAUUUGCACCCGCAUUAGCCCAAGGUGUUACUCUAAAACAUACACCUAUUAGCCGUCUAGAGCCUAAUAACAAAGGCCUUGGGGUUGAUAUUUAUCUAGAGGGCGGUCAAUUGGAGCAUGUUGACUUCCUAGUGUAUAAGACACUCACUCGGCCCGCUAGUACCGAUCUAGCACUACAGCUAGGCCUCCAAGUCAACGAAAUUCCUGGCCAAGGCUCGGUAAUCGCGUGCAAGGAGCCGACUGGGGCGACUAGUGUUCCGGGGUUAUUUGUCUGUGGUGAUGCCGGUAGUCUGAUCAAGGGAGUGGCCCCGGCUAUGGCACAGGGCCUUUGUGUUGCAGACGUGGUUUGGGGGGGUCUGCUAGAGGAGGAUAAAUCUUAG